AUGGUCUCCUUCGAUGUGACGUCGUUAUUCACAUCCAUCAGACUAAACGUGGUCCGCAAAGUCUUGCGCAAGAGACUUGAAGAGGCGUAUGAUGAGACUCAGAAUGCCCUCAAAAUUGAACAGCUCAUGAGGCUGUUUGAAUUCUGCCAACAAACAUUCUUCACUUUUGCAGGAGAGACCUAUGAACGAAUCAAGGGAACCCCAAUGGGCUCACCGGUCUCCGGUUUGGUGGCGGAAAUGGUCCUACAGGAGUCAGAAAAGAUUGCCUUCCUCCAACAUGAACUGGUGUUUUGGCGCCGUUACGUUGACGACACGUUCGUCAUCGUAAAGAAGGACAUGCCGCAACAUUUCCACAGCCUGCUUAACGCAGUCUUCCCUGAUAUAAAAUUCACGAGGGAAGAAGAACAGGAACAGCAGUUUCCGUUCCUGGAUGUGCUCGUCAGACGAAACCUUAACGGUGAACUUGAAACGACGGUUUAUAGGAAGGCAACGAACACCACACAGCUUUUCAGUUUUCACAGCAACCAUCCGGUGGCUCACAAACGAAACUGUGUGAAGACGCUCUUCAAGCGGAUCCAAACUCAUUGCAGCAAACCGGAGGACAGAGCACGUGAGGCCCGUUAUCUCCGCGACCAGUUUGUGCAAAAUGGCUACCCGAGGGCAUUCAUAAGUCACUGCCUACGCGGUCGCCACCAGAGAACUCGAACAUCAACGCCACCGACGAUAUGGCAUUCUCUGUCAUAA